UUUGUUUUUGACUUCGAUUUGUUGUGUUUGUAAUAUCUAUGUUAAACUCAGAAAUCUGAGAUAAGGUUUAAAAGUACAUAGAUACGAAUUAAAAACUAAAAACGAUAAACACAUAAAGUAUUAACGUAGUUAAAUUGACUAAAUUUAGUUUUCCAAAGAUCAAAACCUAACCUUAAAAUGUCUGACGAUGAUGAUGUUAUAUUGGUUAAAAAGCCAAAGCAGGUGUAUUAUGGGUCUCUGGAGGAGCAGGAAAAGGCGCGGCUUGCGGCACUGGCCGCGGCCGCCAAGGAGGGGGUGGAAGAUAGCGGUGGAAAAGAACUCGGAGACAUACAGGUUUCUGGCGAAUACAUGGAGCUAGAGGAGGAAAUGUCGAGAGAUAAGAAGGCAUUGCUUGAAGAAUUUGAGAGGAGACGUAAAGCUCGACAGCUCAAUGUGUCUACCGAUGAUGAUGAGGUGCGUAGAAGUCUAAGGCAGCUCGGUGAACCUGUGUGCCUGUUUGGUGAGGGUCCAGCCGAGAGGAGAGUUAGAUUGCGUGAUCUGCUAAGCUACCUCGGCGAAGACGCAAUCCACAAGAAGUUGGAAGAGGAGGAGGCGAGGAUAGAGAGGGACAGAGGACGUGAGGGUACGUGGUACCACGAAGGACCUCCGCAGCUGAAGGACGCGAGGCUUUUCAUUGCCAGAUACUCCCUGCCCAGGGCCAAACGGAGGUUAACAAAGGCUCGCGACGAGUUGCAGCUGGCGGGGAGUAUCAGAGCUGCGGCCAAGCAAGAGUCACAGAGGAAAGCCACGGCCAUGGCCAUAUACUGCAGUCAGAUUGGUGACACAAGACCUAUCAGUUUCUGCAGGUUCAGCAGCGACAGUCAAAUGUUAAUCACUUCAAGCUGGUCGGGGCUGGUGAAGGUGUGGUCGGUGCCGGACUGCAUUCCGCUGCAGACGCUCAAGGGCCACACGUGCAACGUCAGCGCGGCGACAUUCCACCCCCGAGCUGUGUUACCCUCGCAUUGGAGGCAAAAGAUAGAGCAGGAGAAAGAGAAAAAAGAAGAUGACUCAAUAGAGGUGAUGGACACGUCCGAUGAGAUAUCGGAGUCGUGCCAGAUGGCGUCCUGCGCUUACGACGGAUCCGUACAUUUAUGGAACUUCAAGAGCGAUGCGCCGCUCGCCUCUCUGAGCGGUCACUCACCGCGGCGUGUGUCGCGCGUCGAAUUCCACCCGUCGGGCCGUUUCCUCGCCACCACGGUCUUUGACAAUUCCUGGCGGCUGUGGGACUUGCACACAAGAACCGAAGUUCUGCAUCAGGAAGGCCAUGCGAAGCCGGUCUACAGCAUCGCGUUCCAGUGCGACGGGUCUUUAGCGGUUACCGGGGGCAUGGAUGCCUUCGGUCGGGUGUGGGACCUGCGGACGGGUCGUUGCGUGAUGUUCCUGGAGGGACACCUUGGCCCCGUGCUGGGGGCGGACUGGUCCCCCGCAGGGCAUCAGCUAGCCACCGCUGCUGCUGACCAUCAGGCCAAGGUUUGGGACAUCCGUCGACGAGCCCCGAUAUACACUAUCCCGUCGCACACACAUCUACUGAGUGACGUAAGGUAUCAAAAGAGCAACGGCCACUUCCUGCUGACGUCAUCGUACGAUAAAACCGCGCGCCUGUGGUCGAAUCCCGCCUGGCACCCGCUGAGGACGCUGUCGGGUCACGACAAUAAGGUGAUGAGUGCAGACAUAUCCUUCGACAACAAGUAUAUUGCUACGUGCUCGUACGAUCGGACCUUCAAGCUGUGGGCACCGGAUCUGGCUUGACCCUUCUUGAUGAGACUCAAAAAAUACCUAAUUUUUUUUUAUUAAAUGAUAUGAAACCUUU